UGGCUGUCUCGUCCUCGCUCUGCUAAGUGAGCCAAUGAGGAUGUAGGAUGUUACAGACAUGACGUCACGUUAAAGUAUUAAUAGUUUCGUUCGCGGUCUCGCUUACAGUCUUGUCCAACUGCGAAAUCCGGUUCAGGCUUUCCUUUAACAGCUACUGCAAUUGAAAGAACAACGUCCUAAAGUUCGCUAUGGCUCGUACGAAGCAGACAGCCCGUAAAUCCACUGGAGGAAAGGCGCCAAGGAAGCAACUCGCCACCAAGGCAGCCAGGAAGAGUGCCCCGUCCACAGGGGGCGUUAAGAAGCCCCAUCGUUACAGGCCCGGAACUGUGGCCCUGAGGGAGAUCCGUCGUUACCAGAAGUCCACAGAGUUGCUGAUCCGCAAGCUUCCCUUCCAGCGCCUUGUGAGGGAAAUCGCUCAGGAUUUCAAGACUGAUCUGCGUUUCCAGAGUGCUGCCAUCGGAGCUCUCCAGGAGGCAAGUGAGGCUUACCUUGUGGGUCUGUUUGAGGACACCAACCUGUGUGCCAUCCACGCUAAACGUGUCACCAUCAUGCCCAAAGACAUCCAGCUGGCCCGCAGGAUAAGGGGAGAAAGGGCCUAAAGGGCCCAGUAGCUGCAUUGUCACCAGAAAUGAUCCUAUUUAUCAUACUUAAACCAUUUUGUGGACAUUUUUAUUUCUUUAUUUUUUAUGAGUUCCUUUUUUGGAUUAUGUAUUUUUAGUGAUACAAUAAGUCAUUCCACCCAAAAAAAAGUACACUAAAGGGUAGUAGUGGAUCUACAGCCUUUAGAUCAUGCUACAUGUAAUGCGUCACAAUCCUUUAGGAGGAUUAGUUCAUCUUUUGAGGGGCACCAUUUCUUUACCCAUCUACAGUUGAUCAUGAAGCGCCAGCAUGCUGACAUCACUGCAGUGCCAGGGUAUUCAGGUUGUUGUUGUUGUGGUACUGAUACUUAAAAGAGCGUCGGGGCCCAUCUGCAUUUUUCUGGGCCGCUUUUUACAUGUUUUCUCCCGACAAAUCUUGGCAGCUACAUUUAUUAGUAUUUAUGAAAAUGUCAUCUUUCUAUUAAAGGUCUUUAUGAA